CCCGAGUCUCGUCGAAACUCACCGAGCGGACGUGUUAAUGUGCCGGUCACCGUGGUCUGCCGCUGUUUCUAACUAUUGCUUGGUGUACAUUAGCUUGCAUUUACCUGAAGUGUUUGACUUUUCUAUGACGACUGAUCAACUAUUUUCACCCUUGUGUUCCAGUGACUUUUGUUUUACUUUAUACCAGUGCUAAGAGUAUCAACGCAGCUUCUCCCGCCGUGAUCUUAACAUUUCUCUUCUCCUUCUCCUUUUCAAUUCUCAUCCUCCACGUCGUCAGAGUCCAGAGAAGAACAUGGAAUGAUAUUAACCGAAGUUACGUUGACGCGAGUGUUUGUAGUGCUUGAGUGAACCUGUUUUUCGACUACUCGAUGUGUUAAUUACUCCUCAAUGGAUUUAUUUCUGUGAAUGCACAUCAGUGUAGUUGUUAUAUACUACAAGCCGAUUUUCUUAUUCAAGUCGUUCUACAUCAAGUCCUCAAGGUGGCGGGCCGGCACGAGCGGCUUACGCGUUUCGAGAAAUGGUCAUCGUUACCAGGGGUGAUUACAUAUGGAUUGAGCCCAUAUCAGGAAGAGAAUUCGACGUAGCAAUCGGAGCAAGGGUAAUAUCCGCUGAAGGAAGAAGAAUUCAAGUUAAAGACGACGAUAAUAAGGAACAAUGGCUAACGCCAGAGCGAAGAAUAAAGGCAAUGCAUGCCACUUCAGUCCAAGGAGUCGAAGAUAUGAUAAGCCUUGGAGACCUCCACGAGGCUGGCAUCCUAAGGAAUCUCUUGAUAAGAUAUAAUGAGAAUCUCAUUUAUACUUACACUGGCUCCAUUCUAGUCGCUGUCAAUCCUUACCAAAUCCUACCAAUUUACACAGCAGAACAAAUAAAGUUAUACAAAGACAGAAAGAUUGGAGAAUUACCUCCUCAUAUAUUUGCAAUUGGAGAUAACAGUUAUGCACACAUGAAUCGUUAUGGUCAAGAUCAAUGCAUUGUCAUAAGUGGAGAAAGUGGAGCAGGGAAGACUGAAAGUACCAAAUUAAUUCUUCAGUAUCUGGCGGCAAUCAGUGGUAAACAUUCCUGGAUUGAACAGCAAAUUCUUGAAGCUAAUCCCAUUCUUGAAGCCUUUGGUAAUGCUAAGACUGUUAGGAAUGACAAUUCAUCGAGGUUCGGAAAAUAUAUUGAUAUUCAUUUCAACAAUCAAGGUGUAAUUGAAGGUGCAAAGAUCGAACAAUAUCUUUUAGAAAAAUCAAGAAUAGUUUCGCAGAAUCUUGACGAAAGAAAUUAUCACGUUUUUUAUUGUAUGCUAGCUGGAUUAUCGUAUGAAGAGAAGAAGAAAUUAGAGCUUGAAGAUGCAUCACAGUAUCGAUAUCUUACAGGAGGAGGAAGUAUUACUUGUGAAGGUCGUGAUGACGCAGCAGAGUUUGCUGAUAUUCGAUCAGCAAUGAAAGUACUACUCUUUUCAGAUAAUGAAAUUUGGGAAAUUUUAAAACUGCUUGCAGCAAUUUUGCAUAUGGGAAAUAUUAAAUAUAGAGCGACUGUUGUUGAUAAUUUAGAUGCUACAGAAAUAUCAGAACAUACGAGUGUUCAAAGAGUUGCACAACUGCUGGGUGUACCGAAACAGUCUCUUGUAGAUGCUUUAACAAGAAGAACUAUUUUUGCUCAUGGAGAAACAGUAGUCUCAACAUUAUCCCGUGACCAAUCGGUUGAUAUUCGUGAUGCUUUUGUUAAAGGCAUUUACGGACGUUUGUUUAUUCAUAUAGUGAAACGAAUUAAUGAGGCUAUUUAUCGUCCGAAAAAUACCUCUAGAAGUGCGAUAGGUGUGUUAGAUAUUUUUGGCUUUGAAAAUUUCGACCACAACAGCUUCGAGCAGUUUUGCAUAAAUUAUGCUAAUGAAAAUCUCCAACAGUUUUUUGUUCAGCAUAUCUUCAAACUUGAACAGGAAGAAUACAACCAUGAAGGAAUUAACUGGCAGCAUAUUGAAUUUGUUGAUAACCAAGAUGCUUUAGAUCUUAUAGCUAUUAAGCAACUUAAUAUAAUGGCGUUGAUUGAUGAAGAAUCCAAGUUUCCUAAAGGAACUGAUCAAACGAUGUUAGCCAAGAUUCACAAGACUCAUGGCACUCAUAGAAACUAUUUAAAACCCAAAUCAGACAUCAAUACUUCAUUUGGAUUAAAUCACUUUGCUGGAGUUGUUUUUUACGAUACUAGAAGCUUUUUGGAGAAAAAUCGUGAUACUUUUAGUGCGGACUUGUUGCAAUUAAUUCAUAUUUCGGGGAAUAAAUUUCUUCAAACUUGCUUUGCUGAAGAUAUAGGAAUGGGUUCUGAAACAAGAAAAAGAGCUCCAACACUUUCAACACAAUUUAAGAAAUCAUUGGAUUCAUUAAUGAGAACUCUGUGUAGCUGUCAACCUUUCUUUAUCCGUUGUAUCAAACCUAAUGAGUUUAAAAAACCAAUGAUGUUCGAUAGAGGCUUGUGUUGUCGUCAGUUACGAUAUUCUGGUAUGAUGGAAACCAUUAGGAUCCGUCGUGCAGGUUAUCCAAUUCGUCAUGCGUUUCCAGAGUUUGUUGAAAGAUAUCGUUUUCUGAUAUCUGGAAUUCCACCCUCACACAAGACUGAUUGUCGUGCUGCAACAGCAAAGAUUUGUCAUCAUGUUCUUGGAAGGUCAGAUUAUCAGCUUGGGCACACUAAAGUAUUUCUCAAGGAUGCACAUGAUUUGUUUUUAGAGCAAGAAAGAGAUCGAGUUCUUACAAAAAAGAUUUUGAUUCUUCAGAGAAAUAUUAGAGGCUGGGUUUAUAGAAGAAGAUUCCUCCGAAUGCGAGCAGCAACAAUUGUUAUUCAAAAAAUGUGGAGAGGUUAUGAACAACGACAGAGAUAUAAAAGAAUGCGAAGUGGUUAUAUGAGAUUACAAGCUUUGAUUCGAUCUCGAGUAUUAUCUCACCGAUUUAGACAUCUUCGAGGUCACAUAGUAGCACUUCAAGCUCGAGCAAGAGGCUAUUUAGUUCGUCGAAUGUAUCGUAAGAAAAUGUGGGCCAUUGUAAAAAUUCAAGCUCAUGUUAGGAGAAUGAUUGCUCAAAGAAGGUACAAAAAAUUAAAAUACGAAUAUCGAUUGCAUAUUGAAGCUUUAAGAUUGAAAAAGAAGGAAGAGCGAGAGUUGAAAGAUCAAGGCAAUAAAAGAGCUAAAGAAAUUGCUGAGCAGAAUUAUCGAGAACGGAUUCAGGAGUUAGAAAGAAAAGAAAUAGAGAUGGAAAUUGAGGAUAGAAGAAGAAUGGAGAUAAAGAAGAAUUUGAUAAAUGAUGCAGCAAAAAAACAAGACGAACCUGUGGAUGAUAGUAAACUUGUCGAAGCGAUGUUUGAUUUCUUACCUGACUCUAGUAGUGAAGCUCCAACGCCAGCACGUGAAACCUCAGUUUUCAACGAUUUACCAGCACCUAAAGCAGAUCAACAAGAAAUAAUUAGUCCAGUUCAAACAGCAUCUGAAGAUGAAGAAGAUUUGUCGGAAUUUAAAUUUCAAAAAUUUGCUGCAACUUAUUUUCAAGGAAAUAUUACUCAUCAGUACUCAAGAAAGCCGUUAAAACAUCCUUUAUUACCUCUGCAUACUCAGGGUGAUCAAUUAGCAGCUCAAGCUCUUUGGAUCACGAUCCUUAGGUUUACUGGUGAUUUACCAGAGCCAAGAUAUCACACAAUGAACCGAGAUACAACUUCCGUGAUGUCUAAAGUAACAGCAACUCUUGGUAGGAAUUUCAUUCGAAGCAAAGAAUUUCAAGAAGCUCAAAUGAUGGGUAUGGAUCCAGAAACUUUUAAACAAAAGCCACGAUCAAUUCGUCAUAAAUUGGUAUCAUUAACCUUGAAGAGAAAAAAUAAACUGGGUGAAGAUGUUAGGAGAAGAUUACAAGAAGAUGAAUAUACAGCUGACAGUUACCAAUCAUGGUUAGAAUCAAGACCCACAUCGAAUUUAGAGAAAUUACAUUUUAUCAUAGGUCAUGGAAUUCUAAGAGCAGAGCUUAGAGAUGAAAUUUACUGUCAAAUUUGUAAACAAUUAACUAAUAAUCCUUCAAAAUCAUCUCAUGCAAGAGGAUGGAUUUUAUUAUCUCUUUGCGUUGGCUGUUUUGCUCCAUCUGAGAAAUUUGUAAAUUAUUUAAGAGCUUUCAUACGUGAAGGUCCUCCCGGCUAUGCUCCAUAUUGUGAAGAUCGACUCAAAAGAACAUUCAAUAAUGGAACAAGAAAUCAACCUCCAAGUUGGUUAGAACUUCAAGCAACAAAAUCUAAAAAGCCUAUCAUGCUUCCUAUAACUUUCAUGGAUGGUAAUACAAAGACAUUGUUAGCAGAUUCAGCAACAACUGCGAAAGAAUUGUGUAAUCAAUUGUCAGAUAAAAUCUCUCUGAGAGAUCAGUUCGGAUUUUCUCUUUAUAUUGCACUAUUUGAUAAAGUUUCAUCUUUGGGAAGUGGAGGUGAUCAUGUGAUGGAUGCGAUUUCUCAAUGUGAACAGUAUGCAAAAGAACAGGGAGCUCAAGAAAGAAAUGCUCCAUGGAGAUUAUUCUUUAGAAAAGAAAUAUUUGCACCUUGGCAUGAACCAACCGAAGAUCAAGUUGCGACAAACCUUAUUUAUCAACAAGUUGUUAGAGGAGUUAAGUUUGGAGAAUACAGAUGUGAUAAAGAAGAAGAUUUGGCAAUGAUUGCUGCUCAACAAUAUUAUAUUGAAUAUCAUACUGAUAUGAAUGUAGAUCGAUUGUUUGCUUUGCUACCAAAUUACAUUCCUGAUUAUUGUCUUACUGGAAUCGACAAAGCUAUCGAUAGAUGGGGGCAUUUAGUUCUUCAAGCUUAUAAAAAAAGUUAUUACUUAAAAGAAAAGGUUCCAGCACUGAGAGUAAAAGAGGAUAUUGUAGGUUACGCUAAAUUUAAAUGGCCUUUAUUAUUUUCAAGAUUUUAUGAAGCUUAUCGAAAUUCUGGGCCUAAUUUACCUAAAAAUGACGUAAUUAUCGCUGUUAAUUGGACAGGAGUUUAUGUAGUUGAUGAUCAAGAGCAGGUAUUAUUGGAGCUUUCUUUCCCAGAGAUCACAACUGUCUCUAGUCAAAAAACAAACAAAAUGUUUACUCAAACCUUUAGUUUAUCUACAGUCCGCGGUGAAGAAUUUACAUUCCAAAGUCCUAAUGCUGAGGAUAUACGUGACCUUGUUGUUUACUUUUUAGAAGGUUUAAAAAAGCGAAGUAAAUAUGUUAUAGCACUACAAGAUUAUAAACCACCAGGUGAAGGAGGUUGUUCAUCAUUUUUGACUUUCCAAAAAGGUGAUUUAAUUAUUUUAGAAGACGAAAGCACUGGUGAAACUGUGCUAAACUCUGGAUGGUGUGUAGGAAUGUGUGAAAGAACUGGAGAAAAAGGAGACUUUCCUGCAGAAACUGUCUAUGUUCUUCCUUCAUUAUCUAAACCUCCAAAUGAUAUAUUAGCAUUAUUUAGUAUUGAAGCACCUGAGAGUAAUCGCAGGCUUUAUCCUCAGCAAAUGAAUGGUAUUGAGCCUAGAGAUAAACCUCAUACCUUGCUAGAAUAUGCAAUUGAUCAUUUCAGAACUCCACCUAAAAGAACUAUGUCCAAGGCUCUGACUUUAACAGCUGCUCGUAGAGGUCAUAUCGAUGAACUUUGGCGACACUCUCGAGAUCCUAUCAAAGCUCCCUUACUGAAGAAACUUGUAAGUAAAGAAGAACUCGCUGAAGAAGCUUGUUUUGCUUUCAAUGCUAUUCUCAAGUACAUGGGAGACCUCCCAACUAAGAGACCUAGAAUUGGUAAUGAAUACACUGAUUUAAUCUUUGAUGGGCCUUUGAAGAAUGAGAUUCUUCGUGACGAGAUUUAUUGUCAAAUUAUGAAGCAAUUAACUGACAAUAGGAAUAGGCUCAGUGAAGAGAGAGGUUGGGAACUUAUGUGGUUAGCGACUGGUCUCUUUGUGUGCAGUCAAAGUUUGUUGAAGGAAUUGACUUUAUUUUUGAGGACACGACGACAUCCAAUAUCUCAAGAUUCACUUCAAAGAUUGCAAAAGACUUUAAGAAAUGGACAACGAAAAUAUCCACCCCAUCAAGUUGAAGUUGAAGCAAUACAACAUAAAACCACACAAAUUUUCCAUAAAGUUUAUUUCCCAGAUGAUACUGAUGAAGCAUUUGAAGUUGAUUCAUCCACCAAAGCUAAAGAUUUUUGCCAGAACAUUGCUCAAAGACUUAACUUAAGAUCUGCUGAGGGUUUCAGUUUAUUCGUUAAGAUUGCUGAUAAAGUUAUCUCAGUUCCUGAAGGGGAUUUCUUCUUUGACUUUGUUAGACAUCUAACAGAUUGGAUUCGAAAAACUAGACCACCUAGAGAUGGUGUUACACCCCAAUUUACAUAUCAAGUAUUCUUUAUGAAAAAAUUAUGGACCAACACAGUGCCAGGAAAAGAUAGAAAUGCUGAUUUAAUAUUUCAUUUUCAUCAAGAACUACCAAAAUUAUUAAGAGGAUAUCACAAGUGCACUAAAGAGGAAGCAUCAAGAUUAGCUGCACUCGUUUAUAGGGUUCGAUUCGGAGAAAGCAAACAAGAACUUCAAGCUAUUCCGCAAAUGCUUAGAGAGUUGAUUCCUGGUGAUUUAGUAAAGAUUCAAAGUGCCAAUGAUUGGAAACGUUCAAUUAUUGCAGCUUACAAUCAAGAUGCAGGAAUGAGUCCGGAAGAUGCAAAAAUAACAUUUUUGAAGAUUGUUUAUCGUUGGCCUACUUUUGGUUCUGCUUUUUUCGAAGUUAAACAAGGAACGGAACCAAAUUAUCCAGAACUACUUCUCAUUGCCAUCAACAAGCACGGAGUUAGUCUUAUUCAUCCUCAAACGAAGGAUAUACUCGUGACUCAUCCAUUUACAAGAAUCUCCAACUGGUCCUCUGGUAAUACUUACUUCCACAUGACCAUCGGAAAUUUAGUAAGAGGCUCAAAACUACUUUGCGAAACGUCUUUAGGCUACAAAAUGGAUGACUUAUUAACAUCUUACAUCUCUUUGAUGCUAACGAAUAUGAAUAAACAACGAACGAUACGAAUACCAAAAUCAUAGAAUAAAAAAUCAAUUUUUUAAAGAAGAAAUUACUUGAAGGUAUCGUUUUAGCUUAGAAAAUGAAAUAUGUACAGAAUUGUGCAUUUAUUUUUUCUCUUUUUAAAUAUGUACGAUGAUGUAAAAAGUAUAUUUUCAUACGCGGUUCAAUUGGAAUUUGUAAAAUAAGGUGCAUACUUAGAGUAAUAUCAAAGAUAUUUUGUCAAUCAAACUUAAAUGAGAGGUGUGAAUGUGUAUUGUAUAUAAGCCGUGGAAUUAAUUAUUAUAAUUAAAACGAUAAUACAGAUAAUAAUUAAAAUGCAGAAUAACAUAUUUAUAAACAUAUUAUAGAAUCAGAUUGAGAGAAAAUGUUAAUUGUUUUAUUUUUAAAAAUUAUUCCGUCCGUAUAUUAAAAUAAAAUGAAAACGUUAUAAUCAUUAACAGCAAAGAGUCGCUGUGAAUUAUUAUAGUCUAUAACUAUGGGCACUAUUUUUCUCGACAAUGAGAAUUCUUUAAUUGUGGGUAAAUUCCCACAGUUCUACAAUAUUCUGUCGUAGUAAUAUAACAAUAACAACUUUGGGAAGGGAUGUGCCAAGUAAUUCGAACACAAAGUUGAUAUUAUCUCGUUUCCUCAUGUGCUAUACAUUAAUGCAUGUAUAUUUUCUUUUCUUGAUUUUCCAUACGUGGAAAUGACGGAAGACAAUCAUGAUGCCUUCCAAUAUAUUGUUGUCAAGAUGGUGAUUUUUUAAAUAUUUUCGUAAUAAUGUCUUAAAUAAGAUCAUGAAUUUAUAUGAUCAAUAAAGAAAACCAACAAUUUUUAUAAAAAGAAA